GCGGCGAAGCGGGCGCGGCGGGGCCGGCGCGAUGGAGCGGCCCGAGCGGCCCCGCGCCAACGGCUGCGGCGCCCACGGCGCGCUCCGCAACGGCUUCGUGCGCGGCCCGCCGGGAACCCAGAUAAAUCAUAUUGUGCACAAUGGAGGAUUAUACAAAAGACCUUUCAAUGAAGCUUUUGAAGAAACACCAAUGCUGGUUGCUGUGCUGACCUAUGUAGGCUAUGGUGUUCUCACUCUCUUUGGAUAUCUGCGAGAUUUCAUGCGGCAGUGGAAGAUCGAGAAGUGUCAAAAUGCAACGGAAAGAGAAGAACAGAAGGACUUUGUCCCAUUGUACCAGGACUUUGAAAAUUUCUACAACAGAAACCUCUACAUGCGCAUUCGGGACAGCUGGAACCGUCCAAUCUGCAGUGUGCCAGGGGCCAAAGUGGACAUGAUGGAGAGAGUUUCCCAUGACUAUAACUGGACAUUCACGUACACAGGGAGAGUGAUAAAAGACAUUAUGAAUAUGGGUUCCUACAACUACCUUGGAUUUGCACAGAAUGCUGGGGCUUGCCAAGAAGCAGCUGCUAAAGUUCUGUCCCAGUAUGGAGCUGGGGUGUGCAGCACUAGGCAGGAGAUGGGAAACUUGGACAAGCAUGAGGAGCUGGAAAAGCUAGUUGCCAGGUUCCUAGGUGUGGAAUCUGCAAUGGCAUAUGGAAUGGGAUUUGCAACCAAUUCUAUGAACAUUCCUGCUUUAGUUGGCAAGGGCUGUCUGAUUUUGAGUGAUGAACUGAAUCAUGCAUCACUAGUGCUUGGAGCAAGACUGUCMGGAGCAACUAUCCGAAUCUUUAAGCACAACAAUAUGCAAAGCCUGGAGAAGCUGCUCAAAGAUGCUAUUGUGCAUGGGCAACCUCGUACACGGAGGCCCUGGAAAAAAAUUCUUAUCUUGGUGGAAGGAAUAUACAGUAUGGAGGGAUCCAUAGUCCGUUUGCCUGAAGUGAUUGCCCUUAAGAAGAAGUACAAGUCCUAUCUGUACCUUGACGAAGCUCAUAGUAUAGGUGCCCUGGGUCCCACUGGCCGGGGUGUAGUGGAGUAUUUUGGACUCAAUCCUGAAGAUGUGGAUGUUAUGAUGGGAACAUUCACCAAAAGCUUUGGAGCUGCAGGAGGAUACAUUGGGGGCAAGAAGGAACUGAUUGAUUACCUCAGGACAUACUCUCACAGUGCUGCAUAUGCAACAUCAAUGUCACCUCCUGUUGUGGAGCAAAUCAUCACCUCCAUGAAGUGCAUUAUGGGUGAAGAUGGUACAACUAUUGGGAGAGCACGUGUGCAGCAGCUAGCAGAGAACACAAGAUAUUUCAGGAGGCGACUGAAAGAGAUGGGCUUUAUCAUCUAUGGAAAUGAAGAUUCCCCAGUUGUGCCUCUGAUGCUGUACAUGCCAGCAAAAAUUGGUGCGUUUGGGCGUGAGAUGCUGAAGCGGAACAUCGGUGUUGUGGUUGUGGGCUUCCCUGCCACCCCCAUCAUCGAAUCCAGAGCCAGAUUCUGUUUGUCUGCAGCUCAUACCAAAGAGAUGCUUGAUACAGCUUUAAAAGAAGUCAAUGAAGUUGGGGACCUUUUGCAACUGAAAUAUUCUCGUCGCCGUUUGGUACCUCUCUUGGACCGGCCGUUUGACGAGACAACAUAUGAAGAAACAGAAGACUGAGCUCCCUCCAUGUGCCUCAGUGGGAGGGACACACCCCAUGGGACACUCUGUGGCACACCGGCCACAGCAUCCGUGAACAACACACCUAUGACUGCUUAAAGACAUUUCCUCACAAUACUGAAGUGGCCACAUCAGCUCUAAAUGGCAUUUUGUAAAUAGGGAGAGGAGAAAAAAAAUUCUUUGAUUCCUGUGUCUUCAGGGUCUGGCCCUAGAGGUGCUUGGCUUUAUUUUUUUCCUGUUGCUUUUUUUUAAUUUAUUUGUCUCAAUGCAUUCAUAGCAGCCCAAGCUGGCUGUGGCUGAUUAGUUCAGACUUUGUAUGCACCAUUAGCCUCCCAAAUGCUGGCUGAGAUGUUGUGAGCAUGUGUGAUGCUGGCAUGGCAGCAUUUUCAGUGUCAYUGCUAGGUGUCUGAUCUUCCCAAUAAGGAAUGAGCUGACCUGUCUGUUUUUGGCGACUUCCUAGAGAAACUGUUGAUUGCUAACUUUGACAUAUUUAACAAGAUGGAUAAUCAACCAAAGUUGUUUUUUUCAUUUGCAGUUACUUAUGUUUAAAACUUGAAUUUAGCCUUUUUAAAAUAAAUGUGUUGUUGACAUGUCACUGACAAGACCAUUGCUCCUAAGCGUUACUCAGUUUUGUAAGCCACAGGCAGAAGGACUUCUGGAACUGUAGCCUCUUUUCCUUYCCAGUAUGGAUACCAGAUUGUCUCCUGGUUUUGACAUUAAUUGUCCCCUUGAUAGAGGUAGAAAUGAAUGAAAGAACCAAUCUUGAGAGAUCACAAAGGAAGAAAAGCUGCUUAAGAAAUAAGACUUCAGUCCCUGCCAACUUUUCAGAGACAUUCUAAUUGAAAAUGACUCUUGGUAUUUCUUAAGAGAUGCAAAAUUCAAAAGAAAAUGAAGGCUGCUUUUGAACAAAGGAUUUUGCCCUGUACUGUAUAUUGGCUAAACUUACUCAUAAAUAUACAAUAGCUACCUUCCCAGUACCUCUCUGAAGAACUUAGCAAUAAAGUUUUUGCCUCUGUUGAGCACAGUGAAGAGUUUAGAACCAUGACCAUUUUUAAGGCUAAUGGCCUUAAAAUCUCUUUCACUUGUAAGAAAAUUGAGAGGCUUGUAUUACCAAGCAUCAGCAAAGAGUGGGAUAUCUGCUUCUUGUUAGAAACUGGUCUUCCCAAGUAGAUCUUAGUCUUAAGGAACCUGAUUCUUAGUUUUGCUUCAGUUCCUUGGAAGAGAAGAAACCAAGGUUUUUUGUGGCAAAAUAUUCAGGGCUUUCAUUUUUGUUUUUUACGCAACACAAACUUUUGUAUAGUAUAUAUAUAUAUAUACACAUAUAUAUGGUAUAUUUAACUCUUAAGUUGCUAUAUCUUUUCUAAGUAGCAUCCCUAAAGAACAGUUGUGGUUCUUGAGUUACUGGUGUAGUAUGCUUCUGCUUUAGGCAAAGACUCAGGAGCAAGUUGACCAAACAUCCUUCUGUGAUGAAGUCAUUCAAUGAAGGAAUUGCAUUAUCUAUCCUCCUCUUGCUGUUUCAUCUAAGAGUGCAGAAGUGGUACUUGCUAUUAGAGCUGCACCUUCACACAGAAUAGGCAAGGGAAGUGUGCCCAUUAAAUCAGUGACUGUGCUGUGUGAAUGAAGGACUGAUACAGAAGAGAUGGCGAAAAGGAGUAGUCAAUCAUCACUUAUUUUCAGCUGUACAGGGAUCUUUCAUGUGUACUUGAACAGGUAUCCCUAAAUGAGGAAUGCAGCUUUCAGUGCCUAAAGGGACACUCCUCUAAAACUUUUCCACACCAAGUAAAUACUUUUUUUCCUUCUGUGCAAAUUUUGAUUUCUUUACCUCUGAAAAGCAUUUGGCUUGCAGCUGUUUGCUUGUUCAGAAACCAUGUUAUCCAUUCAGGGAGAUCAUAGGUUGGAGGAAAGCAUGAGCAUGACUUCAUUUCAUCUAAGAGAACAGCUUGCAGCACUGGAUCUGGAGCAUUAUGCAAGAGCCCCCUUGCUGCAUCACAGAGAAGGAAACUUGUGGAGAUGUAUGCCAAUAUACAAUGCUCAGUCAGAAUUUAUGCAGUUUAUACAUAUUAUUUUUACCGUUUAUAUGCAGCCUAUGAAAGUGUCAAGUAUGCUGGGAUGUGUGUGGGUGGCACCUUCUGCAUGGAGAUUUGAGGCACCUGCAGUCAGUUCUGUUUCAGCWCUAGUGAAGCACUGAGCUGUUCAGGAAUGCUCAGUAUGACCCCUCAGCAGGUGCAUUGUUGUCUUUGGUGCUGGACCUGACACCCAAGUAGCAUUGGACCACUGUUUGGGAAAAGCACCAGUCAUUUGACCUACAUAACCUAAAMAUGGUUUGAAAAGAAAAAAACUAUCUCAAAUGUCAUUCUGAUGGCAUUGUACUCCUGUAAACAUCCCCAGACUUGUAGCUGUUCACCUAUUCAAAGAUUCAGACAUAAUACUAGAGCAMAAAGAUAAAGUGUUUGUGUGAAGUAUUUGUGCUUUCAUUAAAAAGAGAAGCAUUUGCUGCAGGCAUUGGAGCUGUUGUGAUUAUAUCACCAGAAAGGGCUAGGUGAAGCAGAUAAUGACUGUGGUGUGUGUCGAAGGCCUUAAACUGAUUCGUGACAUGUAGAAUUGAAAUUAAGACUGACCUUGAAGAAUGCAGUGGAUUUUAAMCUAUGGAAGAAUACUUUGUGCUCUUUGUUAAGCAGUUUGUACUGCUGUUUUCUUGGGAGGGAGAGGUUCAAAAUUCAAUUUGUGUGUGACCCUGGCUAUCAGCUGUUUAAGGAGGUGUCUGUACGUGGGAGCCAAAGGUAGUGCAGUUCUCUGCACGAUGUUCCUGUGUAGUUUACACAGUUCUUCUGUAGUUCCAUCGGUAACUUGUUCCUGGGCUGCUGAAAGUGGGAGACCUAUUAAAAGGAUCAGGGACUUCAGAACCAGUGGCAGCUAGCAAAUUCACUUCCUCAACAGCAGGUGACCAGGUCUCACAUGAAUAUGCCAAGGGUUGGUGCCAUUCCAAAAAUAUCCAUGUUGAGGUGAAACACGCAGCAAACCAUCUGCCUUUUGUAAACAUUGGUGGUUUGGGGUUUUUUUUGRUUUUUUUUUGUUUUUUGCCAAAGCUCGUCCUAUUCAGACAGUAUUUCUGCUACCCCCUAAUGGUAUAUUAAGCUUAAUGCAUCUCUAGCCUCCCAAUAUUAACUUCAGACCCAUUUGAGAAAGAACAGAGGAAUGCUGGAGCCUGAAGCUUUAGGCUAGCAGCCCCAAAGCCAAUGGUGGCCCACAUUUCCACAAGCCCUGGGCAGAAUUACUAAGUCACGGCACUUCGUCUUAAAUUGCACUGUAUUCUUAUGCCUCUGUGUUGCUAUAAUGUACAUAUAUAUUGGAUUUUUUUGUAGAUAAGACAUUUUAGAUAAAAUUUUUAAAUGGGCUCCCCCCAAAAUAUUUUAUGCCAGAUGUCUAAUUUUUUUUACACUUGUGAUUAACAUGAAUAUGGAUGUUCUGUGGGCAGGGAAAAAAAGAUAAAUGGAUAGUAUAUUGGCUUUAAAAAGGUAACAAUGCAUGUUAAAAAAAAAAAAAAACACUGGAGAAAAAACUGCUUGGGAAAAAAAAUUAAUUAAAAUAUAUUCUAUGUUCUGCAUAAUAAAGACUUUA